CAAAACAGAACUGUGAUGUCACAGUUACAUUUUCUAGUCCUCACCAUAGUAGGUGAAGGACUAAGUAGACUGAAUCGAUGAGCCAAUUGUGUGGCUAUACUCCUUAAAUUGACUUACUACUUGUAAAUGGAAAUACUGAUUUUGCUAAGUGUUUCUGAAAGCAAGCUAAUGGCUAUUCCACCUACCUCUCUUUUUAUUCACAGCUAUAUUAAGUAUUUUUUAUAGAUUGAUCUCAAUAACCUCAUUAAUGAAAUGCAUAGAAAACCAGGACCAGAAUCAAAUGUUUAUUUUUCUAGUACCUUGCUUACUGUGGCUUCCUUCAGGUGCAUGCAUUAAAUUGUCCUUUAAGUUCAACAGUGGAACACAGUCACCAUCAAGGGUUCUUCAUCUGGAAAAAAGAAGUAAUUUUCUUCGCUAUGGAUUUGCAGUAUGUGAACUUCCUUUUUAUGAAGUGUGCCAGACAAAUGUAUCAAGGAUUGAGUGCACAGAGCUAGGAUGCUGUUACCACAAAGAGACAUGCUAUAAGAAAGCUGUACCAAGUUAUAUGAAAGCAUUUAUUGCCUUAAUAGUUAUAAUACUGGCAGUGUUCACUUUAUUUAUGCUGCAAAGUUGUUUAGGUGGGAUGGAAAACUUGUCAGCCCAGAAAAAGAAAAACAAAGAAGAUAAAGAAAGUGUAUCUGAUACAGAUAGUACAAGUGAAUCUGAAGAGGAGGAAGAUGAAGAAGACUAAGUUGAUGCUUUGAAAUAUAUAUUUCAGAACAUUGGAAGAAAGAUGGUACUGAAGAUGUAAGAAGAACUACUACCAUGUUUCUAUAUGGAUUUUAUUAACUGUUAAGCAUGCAUUUUAUUCAUUUAGUUUUCACUGAAACUGCAGAAUUGCAAAAAAAAAAAAAAAGAAUUUAGAUUUUAAUUAGUUAUACUUGAUUGGUUACUAGUUAUUAAAAUAAUCUACUGUGUCCAUUGUGGAAGGGAGAUUCACUUGAUAUAUCUUCCCCCCAAAUGUCCUAGUUAUCCAGCCACAAUUGUUCUAUGCCUCAUUUGAUAUGAUUAAAUAGAGAGCGAGA